UGUCAGAAUCGAGAAUCGAUUUCGCCUCUAAUCGCGUGCGUGGGCCUAGGGUGGCCCUCAUGAAUCGAUUCUAACGGUAGGAAGGGAAUCGAGUGUUAUCGAUUCCUGCACCCACAUUGUCGUGCAGUGAACCAACAUCAUGGCCGCAUCUAAACUCAACAGCUCUGCUCACGAAUAAAGGCCAUUGCCACAGCGUCGUCGUCGUUGUUGUUGUUGACGUGUUGUGUGUGCACCACCGCUACAUCAAAAUCGCGUGGAAUCGAAUCGACACGCGUGUGGUCGCUCACUCGAAUCGAUCCCUCAGCACAUGGCGGCCACGCGGCCCACGGCGUGCGGGUCGCCGCGCUUCUCGGGACCCCGACGGUCUUCGGGGGUCGCGGCUUUCGCGGGAGGGUCGCGUCUCUCGGGGGCCCCGGGGUUCGCGGGCGCCGCGGGGCUCGCCCGGGGCCCCGAGUCGAGCCUGGUGAGCGAGAGCUGCGUGCGGCACCUCGCGCUCUUCCCCCGCCACUUGGGCCGACUGCGCAGCGGCAUCGGGGAGCAGCUGGACGCCGAGCUGCUGCGCUACUCGGAAAGCCUCAAGGGGGUUCCUCUCGCCUACGACAACAUGAAGCUCCUCAGCGGUCUCGGCGACCUCAUCGAUGAUCAGGGAUACAUCCACAUGGACGUCCAAGCGGACUUUGUGGUCUUCCGUCCCAAUCCAGGGGACAUUCUCAAGGGCGUGGUGAACAAGUUGGGCAGCGCACACGUGGGCUGCCUGGUGCACGGUUGCUUUAACGCGUCCCUGGCCUGCCCCGCGGACGAGCCCGGCGUUCCGUGGCGGGGGGCGGGGCUGUUCCCCGGCGACACCGUGCGCUUCACCGUGACGCACGUCGACUCCGACUGGGCUGGUGUCCUGCUCGUGCGCGGCUCCCUCAUCGGCCUCGGAGUUCCCGAUGAGAGUUAUGCUGAGCAAGCGAAUGGGGCCGCAAAACAGGAGCAUGAGGAGGUUCAGAAAGUCCCGGUCGAGUACACAGACUCUGCGCCGAACGAGAAGAAGAAGAAAGAGAAAAAAAAAGUGACCGAGAGGUCGGGGGUGACGAUCAAGGUCGAGGAGACGAUGGUGGUCGAGGAAGUGGUGGAGCAUCGUCAUAAAGAAAGAAAAAAGAAGAAAUCCAAACGGAAAGGGGAAAGUGAUGGAGAAGAACCAAUCUGUGACGGCGUCACCAAGCUUCCUGUGAAAGAGGAGCCUGAAAGUGAACUCUGCACGGAGAUUGGCAGUGAAGCUUGCACGAGCCAAACCGAAGCUUCUGUUAGCCCAGACCAGAAGAAGAAAAAGAAGAAGAGGCGGCGUGACAGGGAUGAGGAGGGGAGCACGGUGCCGCUGAGCGACGGAUCCCGCUACCUGAGCAAUGACGCGGGACACGAGGCCAAUGGAACUUUGACCUCUGACCCAGAAGCCCCAAAGAAGGAAAAAAAGCGUAAGAGGAACUCCGUUGAGGAUAUUUCGCUUUCAGAAUCGCCACUGCCUAAAUCCAAAAGAAGAAAGUGAGCCACAGGGCACGGACUUCUCACGAUACCAAAGACAAUCACCUCGGUGCGAGCCGUUUGCACCAGGAAUGCGUUGUCUGACCCUAGUCGUGUUUAUGCCUUUGCCUGUGUCGAAUAACCACAUUUCGUAUGUUUUUGAUUACCGUGGUUGAAGCUACUUUUUAUUUAAAUUUGAGAUGGUGAGUUUGAAUAAAAGUCG